CGCUCGAAAGCUAGCUCCGUUUCUUCUGGGAGUUCAGGUUUAGGGCUUUGGGCGUCUUCGAUGUGGCGAGGCGCGAGACUCGCGUGGAGGAGCUCCGCUGUGCGCCGGUUCUCCUCCAACGUCCGCCGGCUCCCGGAGGACGAGGGGGACUGGUCCUAUUCCUCUGAGUGGUGGGGGACGUCCUCCGAUGGCCGGACCGUCUUCCGAUCGACGUCUGAUUACGGAAAUGGCGUCGUCUCCGUCGUCUCCUACCCUUGUUCAAGACCGGCUCCAAUGCAAUGGCCAACAAUAGAGAGAUGGCUCGAGCAAAGAUAUGCAAAGAGUCAUCCAGAAUUUGAACAUGAUGGGAAGAUUAGGAUACUUGGUUAUGAAUGGCGUGUGCUUAGCUUUAAUGGCAACACUCGCCAAAGCACAGCUAAAACUAUGGUCACUUACAGAAAAUCAGACCCUGCAUCAUUGUAUUUGAUGCAGCAGCCACAUUGUCUGGCUGUACCAUAUUUAAAAAGUAUGGUAUCCGCCGGCUUGAUAACAUUGACUUCUUCCACUUAUGAUCUCCCUGAGGCAGUUAUUGGAAAGAGAACCAUGAAUAUUCUGUGCAUCGGUCAUGGUGGUGGUAGUCUACCUUUAUUCUUGGCCAGUAAAAUUAAAGGUGCUGUUGUCCACAUCGUGGACAUCGAUCCGGUUGUUAUCUCGGCCUCAAUUCAGGCAAUGGGUUUCCCUGCUUCUGCUGUCAAAACUGCAGAUCAGAUUUCGGUCGCACCACCUGCCCAUGCUGACAGAUUACUGUGGGAUGGCAUCCAUGACCGGCUAUUCCUCCACCGAUCGGAUGCUGAGGAUUUUGUACUCAACAACCCUUACAUAUAUGAUUUAGUCUUUAUCGAUGCAUACGAUGGCGACGAUAUUUUCCCUCGCAAGUUGUGGGAUUCAGAUGGCCCUUUCCUCAGAUCUCUUGAAAAUAGGCUUCAUCCUGCCCAUGGGACUGUUGUGGUCAAUCUGCACUCAGAUUCAGAAGGCUUCGCUACUGAUGCAAAUGAUUGCUCUUUUUCCGACAGCAUUCUACCCAUGAGCAGAUAUGUCUCACAAGUUUGCAGGGCUUAUAAGGAGCAUCUGGGUCUGGCGUUUUGUGUCCCCGUUCCGUGGCUUUGCAACGCCACUCUUGUUGCAUGCAGGGGAACGGGGUUGUGCGCUGGCGAGGGGUUAUUUGUUAAUAGGGAUAUGGUUCUAAAUACCCUCAUUUCUAAAUCUCGUUUGGUGGAAACUGUGCUUGACCUGCCAUUUCCUUGCCUGCAAUAUGUCAAAGGAGGGUUCGUGUUGGUUGAUUGAUCUGCUUGGAUGCAAGAUUUUUUUUGUUUACAUGUUCUUGCGUUGCCAAAAGUACGUUUAGACUUGUGAUUAAUUAGCUCUAAA